AGCGACACACCUUGGGGGUACCGUGUUGAAUCACUUACAAUGGAGGCACCAUCUGAAAGUAACGUGCCUCCGGUAUCGGAUUCCGAUAGUGAUGUGCCUAUACGGCGGCCACGGCGUCAACUUGACCUCGUGGCCGCGCGUUGCACUCGGGAAACUCAAACUGGAAACGCUAAUAACGUAGACACAGGUCGCAAUAAACAACGAAACAAGAAUGUGGAUACCUCAUUAGUGGCUAUAUCAAUUGAAUGUGCCCAGCGGUCAAUCGAUAGCCUAGAGCCACUUCUAGACAAGGAGCUGCUUCUCAUAACAAGCUAUCUGUCCAAGAAACUGGUAACCCUAGAAAGUAGUGACGAAGUCAUUUCUAAGUUAUAUCGUGCCUUGGAGCGUCUGGGUAACUUGGAAUCAUCGAUCCGGAGCAUAGAUUCUGAGGUCGGCCAAUAUCUGGAUCAGCUUAUAGCUCGUUUAGGUGUAUUGGCCGAUGGCCAAUCGAUCUAUAAUAGGUCCAAGGAUGACACUGACUUCGACAAGCAUCGCAAACGUGUAUCAUGGAUAGCAGCGAACUAUCUUUGCCGCAAGGGUUUCACGACAACUGCGGAAGAGCAUAUGAGGCACGAAUCACUUGAAGGCCUUGUGGACCUGGAUGUUUACAUACAGUGGGACAAGAUUCGCACGGACCUUCGUGGCCGUCGGUUGGGUUCAGCUAUAGAGUGGGCCCGUGCCAACAAGACAUACCUAGAAAAACUUGAUUCCAGGUUCCUGGUGAAUCUCAGGGUACAGGAGGCCAUAGAGCUGAUUAGGCGUUAUGACAUAACUGGUGUAACUGCCAUUGCACGUUCAUUUGACAAGGCUGAUCGUGACCGAUGUGACGACAUUGGGAAACUGUUCGCGGCUUUGGUGAUGAUGCAAUCCACCAAGCCGGAAGUUCCCAAUGUCGAUCCUGGUAACGACUCCUUAGGCGCACCAGUGGACCAAGGCAAGGAACCCAGGUACUGCUGUUUGUACUGCACAACAGCUACUGAUGUAUGCGAGCUAUGUGGGCGGUACGCCGACCUCUUUAGUGACGACCGCUGGGAUAACUUAUGCCAGGAGUUUGACAGUGUAUCUGCUGCAGUCUACGGCCUGAACAAGCGGCCGCUGCUGGAGAGUUUAGUACACACUGGUUUAUGUGCCAUCAAGACCGCCGGGUGUAAGGAUCAGCGGAAUAGUACCUGCCCAGCGUGUUUACCUGACCUCCAGGAAUAUGUCAACCAGAUACCCUCAACCACCAAGUUGGAUUCCGUGCUGAUAUGCCCGGUAACCGGCGAGCUCAUGGACUACGAUAACCUACCAUUCACCAGCCCCGGUGGAUGCGUGAUAUCAGAUCGCGGGCUACGCGUAUUGGAGCAUACCGGUGAAGAGGGGCACAUUAUAUGCCCGCGCACUGAAGACCGCAUCUCCCGUGAGGAGUGCCAGAAGGUGUUUGUUACCUAGUUAUCGCAUGGGUGUUUCAAGUUCCUAGC